AACGAUCGUGUGAAGACGUGUGAAAAUAGAACUCGAGAAUUACCGUGAAAACCCGUGCGUUUUAACUCAUUUUGUGGAAACAUGUCGUCGUCCGGCGAUUUCGGAAGUCCCCUUAGGAAAUUCAAGUUGGUGUUUUUGGGAGAGCAAAGCGUUGGAAAAACCUCAUUAAUUACGAGAUUUAUGUACGAUAGUUUUGAUAACACAUACCAGGCAACAAUAGGUAUAGAUUUUCUAUCAAAAACAAUGUAUCUGGAGGAUCGUACGGUGAGACUACAGUUGUGGGAUACUGCGGGACAAGAACGCUUUAGAUCGUUGAUACCAUCUUAUAUUAGGGAUUCAACAGUAGCUGUGGUUGUUUAUGAUAUAACAAAUGCAAAUUCAUUCCAUCAAACAUCAAAAUGGAUUGAUGAUGUGCGAACUGAGCGUGGCAGCGAUGUAAUCAUAAUGUUAGUUGGCAAUAAAACAGAUUUAUCAGAUAAACGUCAGGUUUCGACGGAGGAAGGCGAGCGAAAAGCAAAAGAAUUAAAUGUUAUGUUUAUAGAAACAAGUGCUAAGGCAGGCUAUAAUGUGAAGCAACUUUUUAGAAGAGUCGCAGCUGCGUUACCGGGCAUGGACACACCCGAUCAUAAGCCACCGGAAGACAUGCAAGAAGUUAUACUCAAAGACUCGCCAAACGACGUCAAAGAUCCCGAAGGAAAUUGUGCAUGCUGAAGUGGUGUCUAUAGCUUUAAAAAAAAUUCAUUUAUUUUCAAAAAAUAUAUAUUUUGUAAUAAUUUAACAUUAUAAAUAUUCCGUGAACUUCCUUUUUUAUUACUAUUAUAUUUUAUAUUAUUAUAUUUUUUAUAUUUAAAAAAAAUCAACUAAAAAUAUUAAUUUUUAUUUAAAAACGACGAGUUAAAAAAAAUAACGUAAAUAUUAUUAUUAAUUUAAUGUUAAAAAAAUAUUUUUCCAUUUUACUUUUUUUUUUAAAUAAUUAUUAAAAUAAUCACUGAAACUU